GCCCACUGAGCCACAAUGGGAACACCUGCAAUGAUUUUUUUUUAAGGUGAACUAUUUACUAAUGCUCAGACUUCAGUAAGAAUUAAUAGGAGCUCCCGCUGUGGCACAAUGGGACUGGUAGCAUCUCUGCAGUAUCAGGACUCAGAUUUGAUCCCCAGCCUGGCAUAGUAGGUUGAAGGGUCCAGCAUUGCUGCAGCUGUGGCAUAGGUCACCAGUGUGGCUGGAAUCUGACCCCUGGUCUGGGAAUUCCAUGGGGUGGCCAAAAAAAAAAAAAAAAGAAUUAUUGAGGGUGUACCUAGAUUGACUAAGUUGUUUUGUUACCAUUUUCAUUGUAAUCACUUGUUUUAAUAGUAGUCCCAAAGCAUUAUAACAUGAUAAUAGUGCUAAUUAUAAUUGGGAUCCUACAAUUCAUGUAGGUAAUAUUCUAUAUAUAAAUGUAAAAAACAUUAUAAAUAGUGGUAUUUUACCACUACAGGGGGACAGAGAUUUUCAAGACCUUUUGCUCUCUGGAGGCCAGUACCACAAUGAAACUUUACAAUUUUGAAAGAAAUAGUCUUGGUGGUUGUCUACUCAAAAAUUUUCUUUAGAUUUCCCUCACAGUAUUUCUAUAACUAUGACCCUCUCCAGGCCUAAAAAACAUUACUUCCGGAGAUUAACUGGAACAACUUUAUUGUCAUCACCCCUCCAGAAUUUUCCCCUAAAGUCCCUUUUCUGAGAGCUAGUUAAGAGAAACAACUGUAAGAACUGUUUUUUCUUUGGGCCACACCUGCUGCAUGUGGAAGUUCCUGGGUCAAGGAUGGAGCCCACACCACAGCGUGACCUGAGCCACUGCAGUGACAAUGCCAAAUCCUUAACCUAAUGAGCCACCAGGGAUCUCAACUAAGAACUUUUAAAUUACUCCCCCCAAAAGAAAUACUUGCACUUAUUCCUGUAGCCUUUGGUAGACUUCGUAGCAUCUUCAGUCUUUAAAAAAAAAUGUAUUUACCUUUAUUUCAUAUUAUUUGAUACAGGAAAUUAGGCAAUAUCAACAUGACCAAAAAUGCUUGACAGAAAUUUCUUAAACUAAUUUUCCAUGAAUUUUCAGAUUUAAUCUUGUAAAGCUUUUUCACUUUCUGGCACAUUACAUGUUCCGUGUUCACCUUGUACCUUCUUGCCCCAGGCAACUGAUUGGCCAACUCUGCAAGGAGCUUACUGUUUUUUACAGAAUAUGAUCUCAUUUUAGUCCUAAUAACCUUGGGAAGUGGAUUAAGCAGGCCUUACCCCCAAUCUCACAGAAGCUGCUAGUUAGUGAAGGAAGCAAAGAGAAGGUUCAGAACAAGUGCUUAGGGCAGAUAAGAAUGAAGAGUCUCUUUCUUUACCCAGAGCAGAAGUUUCGUCAGUACCUACAUGAUACCUCCUAUGGCCUGAGACAGAUCUAGAGCUUGAAUGUGGAAGUCACCCAGGUCAGCAGUGUCUCCCACUCAGCCGUUUAUGUGAGGUUCCAGGGCUAGGAGUUUCUGUGAGAGGAAGCACAUAAGCAAGCAGUAGCACAGGACCAAUAGCUGCUGCCACUCCUGGGAACCUCUUGCUUGAGGCUGGUAGUGGGUUAUGAAAAGUGAUAUAAGACAAACAGGAGAGAUGUAGGGAGGUGAUAACACAUUAGUCAAGGAAAGCUAGAGGAAGUGCCAUUUACGUUCAAAACUGAAAGUGAACAUGAUCUUUUUUUUUUUUUUUUUUGGCUACCCAAAGGCAUAGAGUUCUCAGGCCAGGGGUCAGAUCUGAUCCCAGUUGCCUAAGCUGCAGCUGCACAGCUGCAGCAAGGCCAGAUCCUUAACCCACUGUGUUAGGUGGACAAUCCCAUUGCACCACAGUGGGGAACUCUGCGAACACACAACUUUGAGAAAGGCUGGGGAAGAACUCAGUGGGUUAAGGAUCUAUUGUUGUUGUGAGCUGUGUUGUAGGCCAGCAGCUGCAGCUCUAAUUUGACCCCUAGCCUGGGAACUUCCAUAUGCCUCAGGUGCAGCCCUAAAAAGACCAAAAAAAUAAAAUAAAUAAAAAUAAUAGAGGAAGUUGUGUCCCCUUCGUGAAUUAUAAGUAAAUUCUUGGGGUAAAUUAAAAUUACUUUAGAAAACUAGACUCGGCCUUUCCUUUUCAUUACUACCCUCUGUUAUCUCAAGAGAAAUUCAAUGUCUAUUUCUUUUCUUUUUAGGGCCUCACCUGCGGCAUAUGGAGUUUCCCAGGCUAGGGGUCAAAUUAGAGCUGUAGCCGCUGACCUACACCACAGCUCACAGCAAUGCCAGAUCCUUAACCCACUGAGCAAGGCCAGGUAUCAAACCUAUGUCCUCAUGGAUACUAGUCAGAUUUGUUUUGGCCGAGCCACGAUGGGAACUCCCAACGUCUAUUUCAGCACUCAGUUCUUAAGUUAUAGGGCAGAAGUGAGGAAGCCACUACCAAUUCACCUGCGCCUGGGGCGAGGCCGGGGGCGGAGCUUGCGUGCUGACGAAGGAAAGCCGUGCGUGCGUGCGGGCUUGCAUAAAGAUUCAGAGACUAACGGUCGCCUGGCUUGACACCUCAACUGGCGUUGCUAGUUUUUUUGUUUUUGUUUUUUUCAUCCUGGUGUAACUUUAAAAAGGCAGCUUACAGGCGCUGCGCUUUCUGGCUUACUGUACUGACUUGCGCCACGCUAAGCAUUUGGGAGUGACUGGAAUUGGAGCGAAAAUGGUGGCUAGGGACGGGGAGAAGUUUUAAAAACGUUUUGGUGCCGCAGUCGGUAACACUGAUAGACUGACCGGUGCUCUGCCUCCCCACAGCCAUCGACCAGGUUUUUUUGUUUGGCUCCGCAAUACCCGUGGCUCCAACAUUCUGCGAAGUCAAGAGGUAGUUCCUUAGAGGUUCGGUGUGGUUAGUACAUUGGUAGGUAUGAAUGAGAGUGAUUAAUUCAGGGAGUUUGAUUCCACUGAAAUUGCAUUGUCCCUGUCAGGUUCUCAAAAUGUCAACUGUCAAGGAGCAGCUUAUUGAGAAUCUAAUUGAAGAAGAUAAAGUCUCCCAGAGUAAGAUCACCAUUGUUGGAACUGGUGCUGUAGGCAUGGCUUGUGCUAUUUGUAUCUUAUUGAAGGAUUUGGCUGAUGAGCUUGCCCUUGUUGAUGUUGCAGCGGACAAACUGAAGGGAGAAACAAUGGAUCUUCAGCAUGGCAGUCUUUUCUUCAAUACUUCAAAGAUUGUCUCUGGAAAAGAUUACAGUGUAUCUGCAAACUCCAAAUUAGUUAUUGUCACAGCAGGUGCACGGCAGCAGGAGGGAGAAAGUCGCCUUGCCCUGGUCCAGCGUAAUGUGAAUAUCAUGAAAUCAAUCAUUCCUACCAUAGUCCAACAUAGUCCUGACUGUAAGAUGCUUAUUGUUUCAAAUCCAGUGGAUGUUUUGACCUAUGUUGUUUGGAAGUUAAGCGGCUUACCUGCAACUCGUGUAAUUGGAAGUGGUUGUAAUCUAGACUCUGCCCGUUUCCGUUACCUAAUUGGAAAGAAAUUGGGUGUACAUCCCACAAGCUGUCAUGGUUGGAUUAUUGGAGAACAUGGUGAUUCUAGUGUGCCUUUAUGGAGUGGAGUAAAUGUUGCUGGUGUUGCUCUGAAGACUCUUGAUCCUAAGUUAGGAACUGAUUCAGACAAGGACCAGUGGAAAAAUAUCCAUAAACAAGUUAUUGGAAGUGCCUAUGAGAUUAUCAAGCUGAAGGGGUAUACCUCUUGGGCUAUUGGACUGUCUGUGACAGAUCUGGUAGGAUCAAUUUUGAAAAAUCUUAGAAGAGUGCAUCCAGUUUCUACUAUGGUUAAGGGCUUAUACGGAAUAAAGGAAGAAAUCUUUCUCAGCAUCCCUUGUGUCUUGGGGCGAAAUGGUGUCUCAGAUAUUGUGAAAGUUAACUUGAAUUCUGAGGAGGAGGCCCUUUUCAAGAAGAGUGCAAACACGCUUUGGAAUGUCCAAAAAGACUUGACAUUUUAAAACCUCUUGAUGUUCCAUGUUUUAUAUAACUGUAUAGUAGAUUGUAUAUUUUCUAUUUGGAAACUAUUUUCAUCUGAUCUAUAAAAAUAAAAAAACAUUGGACCUAUGA